GGAUCGAGUAAUGAUUUGAGUGUAGCGCCAUCUUUGCCGCGAACGGUAUCAAAAACCAACAUGUGCUUAUAUUUGAAGUGACCCAAUCGGCACAUGUGUGAUUAUUUAAUUCAAGAUCAUCGUCCUACACGUUCAAUAUAUUUUGUUUGACAGAUUUGACCUGUAGCAAAAUAUUUCAUCAUGAUGCCCAGAAUGCGAAUGCCGAUGAGAGCUCCACACCCAAUGGGUCCUGGACCCCAUGGCCCUGGAGGUCAUCCAGGCGGUCCUCAUGGUCCGCCAAUGCCCCAUCGUGCUCCUCACAUCCCUCCUCAUGGCCGUCCUGGACCACCAGGGCACAUGGCUGGACCUCCACGCCAAUCCAUGCCUCCUCCUAUUGGCCAAACAUCUGUUGGUAGUGUCACAAAUGACCCAUCAACAGCUGGUGCCAGAGUGUUUGUGGGGAAUCUCAACACAAUAGCAUUGUCAAAGGAAGAAGUUGAAGCAAUCUUCAAGCGUUAUGGGGCAGUGACUGGACUGUCAAUGCACAAAGGCUACGCCUUCAUCCAGUAUGCAAGACAAGCUGAUGCUCGGAGGGCAUGUAUCAAUGAAGAUGGGAAAAUGUAUGCCAACCAGACCCUAGAUAUAAAUAUUGCAUCAGAGCCAAAACAUCGGCAAACAACAGCUACAAAUGCUGUUAAGAAGGCAACCACAAAUUUUCAAAGUACUACAGCUAAAUCUUCGGGAGUGAACCGAACGUUAAGUGGAGGAGGACCUCCAGCCAAGAAAAUGAGGACAGAUACACAGAUUAGUGGCGGUAUUAAGCGUACACUUGUCAGUCUGACAUCUGGAGAUAUGGGCACUACAGCCAAGACUGGCCUCAACAAGAAUUCAAAUGCUGUAUCUUCAAAUGCCAGCAAGGUCGUGAUUGGAAAAGACGUACUGAUCUGUGGUGUUUGUAAAAGUCAAUUUGCCAGUCUUCACAGUCUGGCUCAACACAAGAAGACGCCGUGUCGUCUCAGGUUUUCUUGUAUAUGUAAAAAUGCGCCACCUCCAGAGAGUCCAGAACCAGCCAUUUUGUUCUGUGCUCACUGUGAUGCACAGUUUGCAGCAUGUUGGGAUCUUGUUCUCCACGCACAGCAGGAACAUAGUCUAUCCAUCUAUAAGCAGGAAGGAGAAGAAAACACAGAAGUAGUUGUUGAGGAAGUGUUGGUUGCAGACGGAGAGGGAGAAGUGAAUGGAGAGUGAGAGGAGGACAUGAUGAUCCCUCAGGGUGAGGAAGGCUUCACUGUUUAUUGUCAAAACUUCCUUUUACAGUCCAGGCCAAUGGCUGACACAUGUGACCUGAGGACUAAAACAAGGGGGAUAAUCAGCACCAGGGAUCUGUUACCACACACCGUAGUAAAUUGUUGCAAUUUAUUUUUCAUUGUUUGAUAUGAACAGCUUGUUCAAGGUAUCUGGUAUCUAUAAGUCAAAGUGUAAUGUAUAUUUUGUAUUGCAUAAUUACAACAUUGUUAUGUCGACACCCUUAUUAUGAUCAUGUUCACGUGUUAAUAGGUAUUUGAUGUCUGUGCAGUUGAGAAGAGGUGAAUUUAUUUAUGCUGUUUGUCAACUUUAAACUUAGUCAUAUAUAAAUUUAAAAUUAGCAUUGUCAUUUGAGACCUUUAAUUGAAAAUAUCUUCGUCAGAUCCAUCCAAUCAUUAUUCUGAAGUGUAAACUAUGUUUUAAUAUAUGUUAAAUUCAAUGUGUUAAUGCAAUUUUUGAGAAAUUUUAGAAGUUACACGUUUGAUAUCAUGCCUUCGUGUAAGUCUGAAAGGAAUUUGUUUUUAUGUAAUGCUAAGUUUGUGUUUGUACAUUGAAAUGUUAGAGCCGUUACCUUGAAUGAAAAUCAUGAAGGUAUAUAUGGCAUUGUCAUAUAUGAAAGCAUUGGUGUGUUCAUAGCUAGGGUGUAUUAAGUGGAUAAGUUGAUGUGCAUUUAUCAUAUUGUUACUUUUGGUUUUAAAGUUUGUAAAUGUUCAUAUCUCGCCUUGGAAUCUUAUUGUCUGUACAUGUAUAUAGAUGUUCAUCUCUUACUAUGGAAUCCUGUCAUCACCUGCCAAGAAUAAAUACAAAUGUCAUGUCUAUCCUGAGAUAAUAUUAGUUAUUGUAUAAAUCUGACCAAUUAUAAGAAUUUUCAUUCUGUAUAUAUCAUCAAAGUUGAAUUUUGGUGAGCUAUACAGUAAGUCUAUUGUGUUCUGGAGGUCUUUUUAUUAUAACAAGUCCCGGAUACAAUUUGUUGAUGGUAAGGUUAAAUGCCUAUUUAUACACAUGCACUAAAUUAAAAAUUGAUAUUUCAUCUUUACCAAUGAUUAAUUGAUUUAUAGUUGAUUUUCUUGAUUGAUCGGUUAUUAUUCAUAAUUUCAUUUCCCUGUGGAUCAGUUAUUCAAUCUGAGUUACAACAUAAUUAGUUCUCACAUGAUAAAACAUGUUUGAUUUUGUAGUAAUACGUUGAUACUGACUUUUCAAGCUUUUCUUUUAUCUACAAAGAAAUUGUUAGUACCCAGGUACAUUCAUUCAGUCUAUUUAAUAAGUUUAUGGAAAGCUUCACACUAUUUGAAAAACAUUCUAAAUUUUUGAAAAUACUGUUUGAAUAGCUUGAAUUUUUGUAUCAAUUUUCAAAAUAUUUGAACUGUUUUGUACCCUUUGUUCAAUAAAUCUGUAUCAGAGUUAAUUUUGAUUUAUGUACUUGUUAACAUAUUUUUUUUUCUCAAAUAAAAUAAC